UCGAUGGGCUCCUUAUAGCCGACCUUCUCCAGCUCUGUCUGUAGGCAGGCCUUGAGGAAGGGGCCGUUCAGGAUGGAGAUCACAGAUGACUUCAUAGCUGCGUACCAAGCAAACUACGGCGUUGGAGAAUCCACACAACAAACAGAACAACAAUCAGCAUCAACAACACAACAAUCACAACAACAACAGAAGAAAGCAAAGAAGGACCUGAAGCCGGGAGAGAAGAGGAAAGCAAAUGAACCGGAGUGGUUUGAUGUGGACGAAGGGAAAAAUACAAACGUUUAUGUUUCUGGUCUUCCGACAGACAUCACUGAUGAGGAGUUUCAGGAGAUGAUGCAGAAGUGUGGGAUCAUCAUGGAGGACACGGAGACAGGACGGCCCAAGUUCAAACUGUACCGGGACCAGGAGGGACAGCUCAAGGGGGACGCCAGGUGCUGCUAUCUCAAGAAAGAGUCUGUAGAUCUGGCCCUACAGAUCCUGGAUAACUAUGAGUUACGGGGACACACCAUUCACGUAGAACCCGCCAAGUUCCAGCUCAAGGGAACGUACAACCCCGCGCUCAAGAAGAAGAAAAAGAAGCAGAAGAAACAGAAAAACAUGCAAGAAAGACUUCUGGACUGGAGACCGGAGAGAAAAGAGCCACUCCGCCCCAAAAACGAGCGAGUGAUGAUCAUCAGGAACAUGUUCCACCCCAAGGACUUUGAGGAGGACCCUCUGGUGCUGAAUGAGAUCAGUGAUGACCUGAAGAGCGAGUGUGAGAAAUUUGGCAUCGUCAAGAAAGUUCUCAUCUUCGACAGGCAUCCUGACGGUGUUGCUUCCGUGGCGUUUAAGGAAGCUGAGAUGGCGGACGCUGCCCUCGCCGCGCUCAACAACAGGUGGUUCGGAGGUCGCCAGCUCAACGUGGCCUUAUGGGAUGGGGUCACGGACUACCAGAUCCAGGAAACCGACAGAGAGCGGGAAGAGAGGCUGAAGAAGUGGGAGGAGUUUCUGGACCAGGGGGCCGACAUCAAGAAAGGGGAAACCACGGAAACCAAAACGUCAAAAACAACAACAGCAGGCAGCAGCAGUACAUCGGGCGAGUCAGAUAGAGGGAAGACUGAGGGAUGAAAGUGUGAGAGUUUUUUCUCAAAAUCAAAGUUUACCAGUGUUUGUAGUUAAUGCUGUAGAUAUCUAAGCCUUUUUUUCCAACACAAAAAAUAUGCCAAAUGGACAGUCAUAAUGUACAAUGUAUUCAA